AUGAACGCAUUGCGGACCAUAAAUAUGGACAAAGAUUGGCAUCUAUUGCCGACACAGAUAUCCAUUGGUCAGAAAUUACUUAUACGACAGGCGUUGGACAAACUCGCAGAUAUCACCGAUGAUGACGUUGAUGGCGGUGACAACAGACMGCAAGUGAUAAAUGCAAGACGACUGGUAUCUAACAGUCAGCCAAUAGAGAUCAUCACUUUGAAGGAUGAAAUGAUGGAUAUAGUUAUGGAUAACAAUAUUGAGGUCAACAAUAACAACAACAAUUGCAGUGAUAAACAAACGAUGACUACAAGUACUUCAACAGAAUGUGAUAGAAAAUCUUUUGUCAAUUUGAGGGAUCAAACGGACAGCGUUUUUGAUAGUGUUUCGGAAAACAAUGAGAUGCCGUCGGAUAACGAUAUUGAUGUGGAGGACAGUAGUGUGACAUCAAUUGAUAGUCAACUUGAAUUGAAAAAACAAGCAUUUGUUGUCAUAAGUCCGAUAAAAAUGCCGAUUAAUUUAUCAAAGACUGUCGACAAUAGUUGUUUAAUUAGGUCUGAGGUUAAAAUUAAACGCAAAAAUCGCCUGAAAUGUGGUCAAUGCGACAGCUUUUUCUUAUAUAAGACAUCACUUCAAAGUCAUGUGAAUAGAAAGCACAGGAAAUGUCAACCAUUCAAGUGUUAUAAAUGCAAUAAACAGUUCUUCGCCAACACAUCACWACUCCAUCAUUUGGGACUAAAACAUGGCAUCCGAUUGUUUGAUUGCGACAAAUGCCUGUUUAAAGGACAGACWAAACAUGAUCUUAUUAGACAUCAAAAUAGACAUUCGACUGAUCGGCCAUUUKUCUGCAAUUACAAUAACUGCUACAAGUCUUACAAAUUAAAAAAACAUUUGAUUGGACACCAGAAAUAUGUUCACUCGUCUGAUCGGCCAUUUGURUCAUCAUCACCGGAUAGAUCAGCGAUAUCGCCGCAGUCGACAAUGCAAACCGAUUGUCACCGGUAUUUGUCUCGUUUUGUCGAUAUCAGUGCCGAAACGAUUGACAUUCUGGUCCGAAAUGGUAUCGAUUCGGUGCACACAUUGCGGACCAUUGAUAUGGACAAAGAUUGGCAUCUGUUGCCGACACAGAUAUCUAUUGGUCAGAAAUUACUGUUACGACAGGCGUUGGCCAAACUCGUAGAUAUUACUACCAAUGAUGACUAUGACGGUGACAAACGGCAAGUAGUGAUUACUGAAAGACAAUCGGUAUCUAAUAGACAGCUUUCUAUCAUUUUGGAUGACAAUAUGGACACAAUUUCGAUAUUAUCAAAUAAUACUAAUGGCUUUGAAUUGGCUAAACUGGACAAUGAUGUCACCGAUGAUGACUAUGACAGUGACAAACAAGAGAUGCCCUCCAGACAAGACAUAUCUGUCAGAAAAUCUUUUGUCAAUUUAAACGAUCAGAUGGUCAGCAACUUCGACAACGUUUCGGACAGCAAUAAUGAUGAGGUGGACGACAGCAGUGUGAUAUCAACUGAUAGUGAACUAGAGUUGAAAAGACUUGCAUUGCAAACACAAUCCGUUGUACUCAUAAGUCCGUUAAAAAUAACGAAUAAUAAUAAAUCAAAGAUUAUCGGCAAAASAAGUUUAAAGUUGUCUGAAUUUGAAUCUAUAGUCAAUCAACAAUUCAAAUGUAUUGAAUGCGACCGCUAUUUGUCGUCGGCGGCAAAGCUUGAAAUUCAUGUGAAUAGUUGUCACUUGAAAUGUCGUCCAUUCAGAUGUAAUAAAUGCGGUAAAAAGUUUUUCGCCAACUUAUCACUACUCAAUCAUUUGGCAAAAAAACAUACAAUGAAACCGUUUGCUUGCGAUAAAUGUCACUUUAAGUUCAGUAGUAAAUGGAUACUCUUUAAACAUAAACUGAUUCACUCAACCAAUCGGCCGUUUGUCUGCAAUUACAAGAACUGCAAUCAAUCAUUCAAACGAAAAGACACACUGAGUGGACAUCAGUCAACUGUUCACUCGACUAAUCGGCAAAUUGUCUGCAACUAUGAUGACUGCAACAAAUUGUUCAAAAAUAAACUAACACUGAAUAGACACCAGAAAGUGAUUCACUCAAAUAAUCGGCUAAUUGUCUGCAAUUAUGAUGAUUGCGACAAAUUGUUCAAAAAUAAACUAACAUUGCAACAACACAAGAAAUUUGUUCACUCGACUGAUCGGCCAUUUGUUUGCAAUUAUAAUGACUGCGACAUGUCUUUUAAACGCAAAUCAAAUAUGAUUGGACAUCAGAAAGCAGUUCACACAACUGAUCGGCCAUUUGUUUGCAAUUAUAAUGACUGCGACAUGUCUUUUAAAAGCAAAUCAAAUAUGAUUGGACAUCAGAAAGCAGUUCACACAAGUGAUCGGCCAUUUGUUUGCAAUUACGAUGAUUGCAACAAAUCGUUUAAACGUAGAAAUAGAUUGCGUUUACACCAGAGUUUGGUUCAUAAAACUAAUCGUCAAAUUGUCUGCAACUACGAUGACUGCAAUAUGCCGUUGAAUAAUACAAAAAUACUGCAUCGACUCCCGAAAUUGAUUCACUCGCCUAAUCGGCCGUUUGUAUGCAAUUAUAAGGACUGCAAUGCAUCGUUUAAAUACAAGUUCACAUUGUUUGGACACCAGAAACGGAUUCACAAGAAUUGCUUGAAAUUGCCAUCGAUUGAUAAAGAAAUUGAAUCCAAACAAACAAAAUCUGCUUUUGUUUUAAGUCCACUGAAUGAGCGGAACAAAAGACAUACGAUGUCAUCGGCAGCGGCAAUGAAGAAGAAUACAACGAUUAUGAAAAAUAGGAUAAUCAACGWCAAGACAACUGCCGAAGUGUCCACCAAAUCGAUGGAUACGACUUUGUCAACGCCAACUAAACUGAUCACUACUCACAAUAAGCCGGUUAUUAUAGCUAUUGGCGAAUCGGUAGUCGACACCAAACCGUUAUAUUGAUUAUUAUCAAUACCU